CAGCGGCUCCGCGUUGCGCGCAUUCAGCCUCCGCUGCUCACACAGAGCGGACCGCAGCAGCAGCUGCUGGACCGGGACCGGCGGGAGUUCGGAUGACACUUUUCUGUCGCUCCCAGGGAAGAUGGAAUGCUUUGAAAGGACUCGGUGAAAGUUUGCGCUUCGGUUUGUGACCAUGGAGCCGAGCCGGUUAAAGUCGCCAGUCCCUGCCGGCUGCCUGUGAGGGACAGCGGGGGAGACAGCAGAACCGAACCGGCUGAACUGAACCGCUUCUGCACACAAUCCGCAUCUUUCUGCCUGGAGCCGCUGUCCCCGCCUGUCACCAGCCGCAGCAGCGCAAUCAGCGCAGUUGUUGCGCUCUUUCUCAGAUCAAGCCCGCAGACUGCGGCAGGAACCGGACAUCCAGAAGCUUCAGUUUCCACAAACACAGCUCUGCUCACCAUGUCGUCUCUCCUCUUUGUGACGUUUGUCGGAUUCUGAACCCGUCGGCUGGACAGAUCUGUGGCGCUCUGACCCACCAUGGGCACCGUGCUGUCUCUGUCGCCGGGCGUUCGGAAGCCCGGCUACUACGACACCCACCCCAGCUCGCUCAGCCACUACCCGAGCCUCAGCAGCCGCUCCCUCAACAGCCAGAAGGACCGUGGCCUGAAGAGAGGCCAGUCCAUCUUCCUCCCGGCGCUGACCUGGAAGCGGCUGGUGGCCUCCACCAAGAAGAAGGGAAACCCUAAGAAGGGCUCCGGAGGCGCCGGGGUCCUCGCCGAGCCGCUGAACAACAACAACAUCUACCAGAAGGACCAUGUGCUGCACCUGAACUGCGAGAAUGUGAAGAAGUCCCUGUCAUGUGCCAACCUGUCCAACUACGAGGGCCCUGCAGGACUGGGUCUGGGUUACGGCCUGGGGAUGGGUCAGGGUCACGCCUACUGCUACAGCAGACCCCAGCAGCUGUCUUCGGUCAAGAAGGUCCCUCAGGGGAGCUCCUCGCCAAAGCGCGUCAUCGUCCAAGCCUCCACCAGCGAGCUGCUGCGCUGCCUGGGCGAGUUCCUCUGCUGCCGCUGCUACCGGCUCAAGCACCUGUCCCCGGCCGACCCGGUUCUGUGGCUGCGGGCCGUGGACCGCUCGCUGCUGCUGCAGGGCUGGCAGGACCAGGCCUUCGUCACGCCGGCCAACGUGGUUUUCGUCUACAUGCUGUGCCGGGACGUGGUGGACGGCGACCUGGUCGGGUCGGAGCACGAGCUGCAGGCCAUCCUGCUCACCUGCCUCUACCUGUCCUACUCCUACAUGGGCAACGAGAUCUCGUACCCGCUCAAGCCCUUCCUGGUGGAGGCGGGGAAGGAGGCCUUCUGGGACCGCUGCCUCGCCAUCAUCGACGCCACCAGCGCCAAGAUGCUGCGCAUCAACGCAGACCCGCACUUUUUUACGCAAAUCUUUGCUGAACUGAAGAGCGAAGGCGGUUGCGGGCCUCAGGACUACAGCCGGGUUCUGGAUCGGUGAGAAGAGGACCUGACAGCCUCCGUUCCCAUAGAUUCCUCUCACACGUUUCAUCGCCUCCGUCCGCUCCACCUGCCCCGUCAGAACCCCCCCCCCCCUUUGGUCCCAACUGUCCCAGCUGCUUCUCUGCAUCUUAAACAGGUCAAAAAGUGGCCGAGCAGCUUUUACUCUGAGUGAUUUAGGAGGUCAGUUAGAGAAAAGGUUCAGAUGGAGACUCGAUCUGUGAAAAGGGACUGACGGGAGCAGCUGGAGGUCCAUGUGGUGUCCUGCAGGGGAGCGGGCGGCGCCUUCUGGAGUCACUUUGCUCCCUAAAUCUGAGGAGAGCGGCAUUGUUGGAGUGGCAGGCAGCCAGGGUCAUCAGCUGUUUGCUCCACCCUUUGUUCCUCACACACACACACACACACACACACGGUAAUAAUAAGAUUAACAGAUUACUGCAGCCCCUCCCAGCUCUGAACCUCAGCCCCCUCCUCUUCCUGCUUCAGCACUUAAACCGGGCUAGACCGGACCGGGCCGAGCAAGUGGUGCGUCUCGUUCUGAUGUAGAGGCACUAAAAGCUUCCAGAGAGCAUCCAUGCAGGGAUGACAGAUGGGCUCGGUGCUGGUUUGUUGCUGCCCGUUCUCAGUUUGUCCCACUUUUUCACCGUUCACCUGAACUGAGACGCUUUCAGGGACAGCCGGCAGAUUUCUGAUCCAUGCCUCAUUUAACUCCCGUCUCCUGGUUAAUCGUCCCCGCUGCCGCCAGGAAUUACUGGCCCCAUGACAAAAAAAUAUAAUUCAUCCUAAAAGCUCAUAUAAUUAAAUAAAUAUUUCUUUUCGGGGGGGCCCUGUCAGUCAGGGGUCCUUGGAAUUGCCCUAACCUUUCCCCCCCCCAUACAACGCCCCUGUGUAGAAACACGGCAAACAUGCUGCAUUUUAAAUUUUUGUUGGAGCUGGACUUUAAAACGUUUAGUUUCAUGAUGCAAGUGAUUUUUAGAGACCUAAACACAAUAAAACAAUUAGAGUUUGAAGGUUACUCACGCAAUGAGUUAGGAAGCCACUAGGGGUCAGACUAGAGCGGCAGCGAAACAGAACACGAAACCCAGAGUAGCUCGUUAACCCUGGUUCUGUUAAAAAAAAAAAAGCACAAAGCUCUAAUAAUCGCGGACGAUGAAGACAUAAGUAAAGUUUUAUUUGGUGAGAAAAAUUUACGUUUCUACUUUAGAUGAAACAGAGAGGCCUUUAUUCAGAUCCUGGAUGUUCUUAUCGUUAACUAAAACUUACAAAAUUACGAAAACUAGAAGUAAAAAAACUUUUAAUAACUGAAAUAAACACAAAAACAAGACCUUGCAAAAGCAAUGAAAACUAACAGAAACUGUAAUAAGUGUUUAUAAAACUAGUUCAAACUAAUUGAAUUUGAAGAGAAAACGUACUUAGUUUUCGUUUGUGUGUCUUUAUCAUAAUACGUUAACUAAUCUCCAGUUGGAGUUUUUGCUUUUUUCGAUCUAUCACAAAACCUAUGAUUGUUUUCUGGGAUUUUGUGACACACAACUGUUUCUAUUUAAUUUCUUUAGUCUUUCCCGUCGUUUGGAAGUUGAAUUACUUAAAAGACUAAAACUAUAACUGAAACUAAUCAAAACUAAACUGAAACUAAGCAUU